GGCGAUAGGGCAUCCCCGGCCCCUGCCAAGGCAUUUCCUGCCCAAUGGAGAGUUGGUGUGCGGGGAAGACCUAAUCUCUAGUAGUGCCGGCCCCUCGACUAGGAUUAGAACAGGGGUGCUCGGACAUCGCUGACAUCUCGGUAGACUGGACAAGAGGUCCCUCGCCAACCCAUCUCUCCGCUGUAGACCAAACAGUGUCGUGCCGCAGAACGACACCGACGCUCGUGCAAGACUUCUUCUACUCACUUGACAGAAAGAUGGUGGAAGUCUGACCACAGUACUCUAACGGGGACAGCGGUCUUAGACUCUAUACAGACUCUGUGCAGUAACUGGGCCGCGUGGCCCUCUGCAUUUUAUUUUGAUUUUAGUCGCCUAGCUUUUGAGUGUAGCUAGCUUGUAAUAGUUAAUCAAAAUGAAGUUUCGAGACGUGUUAGAAAGACACGUCUUGACAUCGUUAGCGGUGGUUCUGAUACUGGCCUGCUGCAUCCAGCUAUCAGCGGCUGCGGCAUGUGAAGGCUGUUCAGGAAAAUGUGUUUGCAAUGGAACAAAAGGAACCAAGGGUGAAAGAGGACUACCAGGUCUACAAGGACCUCCCGGAUUACCAGGAUUCCAAGGACUAGAGGGACCACCAGGACCAAAGGGACUACUGGGCGCAAGAGGAAACCAAGGUGCUAUGGGACCAAAGGGAAUCAGGGGUGCACAAGGCAUUCCAGGCUUUGCUGGUGUUCCAGGAAUUCCAGGUUUGCCAGGACUGGAAGGACCCAUGGGUCCGCCUGGGUUGGAUGGCUGCAAUGGAACAAAAGGAGAUCUCGGACCCAGAGGUAACCCAGGCCCAGCAGGAAGGGGUGGUACUCCGGGCUUGCCUGGACUUGAUGGACCAAAAGGUGAACCAGGUGAAUCUGGUGGUGCUGGAGAAGGGAUCAAGGGAGACAGAGGUGAUGUUGGCAGAAAUGGACUACCUGGCCCACCUGGACUUAACGGACUUCCUGGCCCACAAGGAGACAGGGGACUUGAAGGCUCAAAGGGCUUCCCUGGUCCCAGAGGCUUCCAAGGAGAGAAAGGUGACAUGGGCUUGGGCUUCCAAGGACCAAAGGGAGCUAAGGGUGAGGGUGGUCUUCCCGGCCCACCUGGACCUCCUGGCAUUCUAGGAGAACAAGUCGGACUCCCCGGACAAAUCUUUGCUCAAAAGGGACAAAAGGGUGAAGCAGGAGCAGCAGGACCCAUUGGUUUCCAAGGCCAGAAGGGAGAGCCAGGCCUUGCAGGACCCCCUGGUGCCCCAGGGGGAGGCGGAGGCUGUCCAUCCGUUGGUUGCCCUUAUGGCUGUCCAGUGGGCUGUCCUGGAUACCCGGCACCCCAAGGGCAAAGAGGGCCCAAAGGUGAACCCGGACGCCCCGGAAGUCCUGGUCUCCCUGGCCAAACUGGACCACCCGGACCCUUUGGCUUCAACGGACAAAAAGGUGACCCCGGCCAACCUGGCACCUCUGGCGGCCCUGGCUUUGUUGGACAGAAGGGAGAACCAGGCCUUCCUGGUAGAGCUGGUGCACCAGGAGCACCUGGUGCAGCUACAGCUGGUGGCAGACCAGUUCCCGGACCCCAGGGUGCCCCAGGAAGACCUGGAGGUAGUGGAUUCCCCGGACAGAAGGGAGAGCCAGGUCUUCCCGGCUUUGGCGGCCCCAAAGGUUACCCCGGCCCCGCUGGUCGUCCCGGCCCACCUGGUCGCCCUGCUACUGGUGGUCAAUCCUUCCCUGGUGCCCCCGGAGAGCCAGGUGUCCCAGGACGUGAUGGACCCCAGGGCCCACCCGGCGGUGGCGGAAUGCCUGGUCAGAAGGGAGAACCCGGUCUGCCUGGAGCAACUGUUGGUGGCGGUGUAGGCCCACCCGGACGCCCUGGUGGUCCCGGAUUCCCCGGUGCUAAGGGAGAUAGAGGAAACCCCGGUGCUCCAGGUCUGCCUGGUGCACCUGGCCAGGCCAUCGGAGGAGUUGGUCCACAGGGCCCGAUGGGUCCACCUGGAGAACCCGGCCGCCCUGGCGGUCCUGGCCGUCCCGGCGGAUCUGGAACACCUGGAUUCCCAGGUCCCAAAGGAGAGCCAUGUGGCGGCUGCCCACCUGGCUUCCCCGGACCCAAGGGAGAUCGUGGAUUCCCCGGCCCACCUGGUCAGACUGUAGGUGGAGGACAACCUGGCACGCCAGGCUUCCCUGGUGCCAAGGGUGAACCCGGAUUCCCUGGUGGUAGAGGUUUGGAUGGUCCACCGGGCCCAGCUGGCCGUCCCGGCGCCCCUGGCUUCCCUGGUGUGAAGGGUGAACCUGGCUUUGUUAGUCCUCAACCUGGAACUCCAGGCUUCCCCGGACCCAAGGGUGAUCCUGGCAUGCCUGGUCAGCCUGGUGGUCCUGGUCGUGAUGCUGUCGGUGGUCUGGUUGGACCUCCUGGAACUCCAGGCUUCCCUGGAGCAAAGGGUGAACCUGGCAACCCUGGUUUUGAUGGAGGACCCGGUCAGCCUGGUAAUCCUGGCCGUCCCGGCCCACAAGGACCGCCCGGUUUAGCAACAGGUGGUGGCAUCGGUGCCCCAGGCCCCAAGGGUGAUGCUGGUUUCCCUGGUGCCCCUGGUACACCUGGCUUCCCAGGCCAGAAAGGAGAACCUGCCAUUGGCUCAUCCCAGAUUGGCGCACCUGGUCCUAUUGGUAUGCCAGGCCCACCUGGUCCACCUGGUCUGAACGGUCCUCCUGGACUUCCAGGCGGCCCUGGUGGUCCCGGACAACCUGGUAUGGAUGGCUUCCCUGGACAGAAGGGUGAACCUGGUCUUCCUGGCGGCACUGGUCCUGGUGGGCAAGGUCUGCCCGGUGCUAAGGGAGAGCCUGGUGUGCCCGGCUUCCCCGGUCCGAAAGGAGAUCCUGGUUUUCCUGGCGGUCCCGGUCAGCCUGGCGGUGCUGGAUUCCCUGGACAGAAGGGUGAGCCUGGCUUCAGUGGUGGUGGCGGACUUCCCGGACCCCCCGGCCCCCCUGGAGGAAAUGGAUUCCCCGGACCUAAGGGAGAUGCUGGCUUCCCCGGAGGCCCAGGAUCACUUGGGCCCCCUGGACAGCCUGGCCCACCUGGACCUCCUGGCAUGCCUGGUAACCCUGGUUUAGAUGGCUUCCCUGGCCCUAAGGGUGAGGCCGGUCGUGGCUCUGGAGGCUUCCCUGGACCUCAAGGACCCCCUGGACCACCCGGACCCCCUGGUGGUGGUGGAUUCCCUGGACAGAAGGGAGAGCCUGGUCUUCCUGGAUUUGGUGGUGUUGGUGCGAAGGGUGACCCAGGGCGUGACGGAGCUCCCGGUGAACCUGGCCUGGGCGGGCCACCUGGACUGCCUGGACCACGCGGUUUGGAUGGAGGCCCUGGCUUCCCUGGACCAAAGGGAGAGAUGGGUGUCAUGGGUCUGCCUGGUGGACCUGGACCUAUGGGACCCCCUGGUCCUGCUGGAUUUGGUGGCCCCAAGGGAGAACCUGGUAUUCCUGGCGGCCCUGGUCAGCCUGGAGGCCCUGGUUUCCCUGGACAGAAGGGUGAAGCUGGAUUCCCUGGAGGCCCUGGACUGCCCGGUCCACCUGGACCCCCACCGCCCGCUGGACUGAGAGGACCAAAGGGAGACCCAGGAUUCCCAGGUCAGGACGGUCAGCCUGGUACUGUUGGUUUCCCUGGCCCACCUGGUCCCAAGGGUAACCCUGGCCUUGGCGGUCCACCUGGCCCACCUGGCUUCCCUGGUGCUAAAGGAGAGGGUGGAAUCCCUGGCUCACCUGGUAACCCUGGCUUCCCUGGAACAAAGGGUGAACCUGGUAUCCCCGGACGCCCAGGCGGACCUGGCUUUAAGGGAGACCCAGGCUUCCCCGGAGGCCCUGGACAGCCUGGCAACCCAGGCCUCCCUGGAAUGAAGGGUGAACCCGGCUUUGGUGGUGCCAUCCCCGGACCCCCCGGCCUUCCCGGACGCAAGGGUGAGCCUGGACAGCCAGGUACACCUGGUUUUUCAGGCGCCAAAGGUGAGCCAGGUUUGUCAGGAUCCCAAGGCCCCCCAGGUCGAGAUGCUGAAGCUUCUGCACAAGGACCCGCAGGACCCCCAGGAACCCCUGGAAUCCCCGGUGCAAAGGGAGAUAGAGGCAACCCCGGCCCACCCAGUGGUCCCGGCCGUCCCGGUCCCCAGGGUCCUCCUGGCUUCCCCGGUCCUAAGGGUGAACCCGGUAUUCCUGGCGGUCCUGGUCGUGAUGGCGGCCCUGGCUCACCUGGUUUCCCUGGUCAGAAGGGCGAGCCCGCUAGAGCUGGUCCUGGACUGCAGGGUCCUCCUGGAAUACCUGGUGGUAAAGGAGAAGCUGGUCUACCUGGCCCCCCUGGCCGGCCUGGAUUCCCUGGUGCUAAGGGAGAGUCUGGUGUUCCUGGUGGCCCCGGGUUCGGCGGCCCACCUGGUCCACCUGGCCCACCCGGACAAGGAGGAUUUGGACAGAAGGGAGAGGCUGGUAUUCCUGGUGGUCCUGGCCGUGAUGGUGGUCCUGGUCCCAUGGGCUCCCCUGGCAACCCUGGUCGCUCUGGAUUCCCAGGACAGAAGGGAGAACCUGGUCCGAUGGGUCCUCCUGGCAGGAGUGUCUCAGGAGGACUGCCUGGCCCACCUGGCCCCAUGGGUACCCCUGGAUCCCCUGGCUUCCCUGGAUCAAAGGGAGAACGUGGAUCACCUGGCAUUGGUGGAUUCCAAGGAGCAAAGGGAGACCGCGGAUCCCCUGGCAAUCCUGGAGGCCCUGGCCAACCCGGAAACCCUGGUUUCUCUGGUCUGCCCGGUCCUAAGGGUGAUCCCGGCCUGCCUGGCCCACCAGCUGUUGGUCUGAAGGGAGAACCGGGAUUCCCAGGAGGCCCAGGCCAGCCAGGUUCCCCAGGCUCUGACGGCCUGCCUGGCCCACCUGGUUCUCCUGGAUUCCCAGGUCCCAAAGGAAACCCAGGUCUUCCUGGAAGAUCUGGGUUCCCAGGAACCAAAGGAAACCCUGGUGCCCCCGGUCUGCAAGGUCCCCCUGGUACAAGCGGUCCCCCUGGUCCUCCUGGCUUCCCUGGACAGGCAGGUGCCCCAGGUGCCAGCGGUGGUAACCAAGGAUUCAUCUUCGCAAGACACAGUCAGACCACUCAGCUGCCCGAGUGCCCACGAUACACCUCCAAGAUGAUGGACGGAUACAGUUUGCUGUACACACAGGGCAACGAGAGAACACACGGACAGGAUCUAGGCACGGCUGGUAGCUGCUUGAGAAGGUUCAGUGUCAUGCCAUUCCUCUUCUGUAACAUCAACAACCAGUGCCAGGUGGCAUCCAGAAACGACUACUCCUACUGGCUGUCCACCCCCGAGCCCAUGACCAUGAGCAUGGCGCCCAUCCGUGGCCGCGCCAUCGAGCCGUACAUCAGUAGAUGUGUGGUGUGUGAAGCCCCAGCCCAGGUCCUGGCCAUCCACAGUCAGGCCCUGACCAUCCCACCCUGUCCUAACGGCUGGAGCAGCUUGUGGAUGGGCUACAGCUUUGUCAUGCACACUGGUGCAGGUGCUGAGGGCACUGGACAAGCGCUGGCAUCGCCAGGGUCUUGCCUGGAAGACUUCCGCUCAUCGCCAUUCAUAGAGUGUCACGGCAGGGGCACGUGCAAUUACUACGCCACCACGUACAGCUUCUGGUUAACAACUGUUGAACAGGGCGCCGAAUUCCGAACGCCCAACCCAGAAACUCUAAAGGCUGGUAACCUGCGGCAGCGCAUCAGUAGGUGCCAGGUCUGCAUGCGUUAUCAGCCUCCGCGAGGAGACACCGGGUUCAGUGGGCCACGACCAUUCGGUUCAGAAGCAGAGAGCAUCACAGGAGGGAAGUAACCAAGGCUAAACUAGACAACAAAACUCCAGUGUUUGAUAUGUAAAUGUGAUUGUAUUCUUUAUCCUGUCAAAAAAAAAAGAUGUUGACAUAGGAUUUUUGAUUUCUGGACAUAAUUAUGCUUGUAUUUCAUGCUAUUGUAACAAUGUGUUUCACUACUUCUCCCAAAAAAACUCGGUGCUAUGUUAUGUAAUAAUUGUCGUAGAUUUUUAGAUCUUGUUACCAACAGUCAGGUUUUUACUCAGUAGAGAAAAUAUAGUCAGAGUAAGAAUAGCUGUUAACAUCACAAUUUUUAUGUGAUGUGUCCUUUUCUAACAUUUCCAGCAAGUUAAGCAUGAUCAUUUUGUAUACAGACAUAUUUUUCUAUUCAAAAUUGUCUCGAAUCUCGCUGAGAGAUCAUAUAGGAUGUGCAUUCGUGUGCAUGACUUCAAAUGGUGCUAUGUAAGUAUACAGGAAUACUAUAACUAGAUAACUAGACUCAUACUUUACAGCAACUAUGUGAGGAAAACAAAAAGUGUAUACAGUGGAGAAAACGUGCCAAAGCAUUAGUUGUAGAUUAGACGCACAUUGUAUCUGCUUACAUCCGUAACAUUUCAAAAUUAGUCGCUUUCUUGCAAGGGAUAUUUGUUUUGUUAUUUUCCUCAGUCAAAUUUAGAGCUCCUAGGCACCAUGGUGUACAGUAAAAGGGAGAUCUUUUGACUACUAGUGAACAAGUGACUCCUAUCUGAAAGGCUGAUAAGUUACCCUUAUAAGAGAAAAUGUGUACUCAAUCUUUCCCUUAUUAUUCCUUUUUUGACAGAGAUUUUUCUGUUAUGUUACACUCCACCUAGAAAGGAAAUGCUUUUAAGCAACUUCCCUUGCUUGCAAAUAGCUUCUUGCUGGUCUUCGUUUGUAAGCUAGGGAAAAGUAGGGAGGAACUACUGGUUAUCGCUAACAAGGAACUGUAUGUCAAGCAUAAGUUAUGUUCACAUAAAGAUACAGAGUAGUUCAUCACUAACCUACCAUUAUUUGCUGGUUAUCUAUAGUGCUGCCAGAUUACUAAAGUAAUUAGCCCUACAUGUAUGUGAAGUAGUUAGGGAGCUGCUUUGUAUCUGCCUGUAUCUCAACGUCUGACUUAUGAUAUGUGAAUUUUCCAAGGGGCAGGGAAUAAAGUUAUCAUGUUGAAUUGA